UUACGUGGGCGUGCGUAAGCUUCUCCUCACGCUCGUCAGGGCUGGACGGGGAACAAGGAAGUCUGAGGUGAAGUGGACUAGUGUGUGAGCCUGACUGUUAUUUCUACUCUGAUACUUCACGGAUCCUCUACGCGCUGAGCACCAUGGCUGAAGCAGACAUUGCACUGAUUGGUUUGGCUGUCAUGGGCCAAAACCUCAUCAUGAACAUGAACGAUCACGGCUUCGUGGUGUGCGCUUACAACCGAACCGUGUCCAAGGUUCACGACUUCCUGAAGAAUGAGGCGAAGGGCUCCAAGGUGAUCGGAGCCGAGUCUCUGGAGGACAUGGUGUCCAAGCUGAAGAAGCCCAGGAGGAUCAUCAUGCUGGUCAAGGCUGGACAGGCUGUGGAUGACUUCAUCGACAAACUGGUUCCUCUUCUUGAGGCCGGGGAUAUCAUCAUCGAUGGCGGCAACUCUGAAUACAGAGACACAACACGGCGGUGUAAGAGUCUGAGUGAGAAGGGAUUGCUGUUUGUCGGCAGCGGAGUCAGUGGUGGAGAGGAAGGGGCGCGUUAUGGACCUUCACUCAUGCCGGGAGGACAUAAAGAGGCCUGGCCGCACAUAAAAGACAUCUUCCAGAGCAUCGCUGCCAGGGUUGGAACAGGAGAACCUUGCUGCGACUGGGUCGGAGAUGAGGGUGCAGGGCACUUUGUGAAAAUGGUCCAUAAUGGCAUUGAGUACGGCGACAUGCAGCUGAUUUGUGAGGCCUAUCACCUGAUGAAGGAUGUUCUGGGUAUGGACCAUGAUGAGAUGGCACAGUGUUUCAACAGUUGGAACAAGACGGAGCUGGACUCCUUCCUGAUCGAGAUCACGGCUAACAUCCUUAAAUAUAAGGAUUCUGAUGGUACACAUCUGCUGCCCAAGAUCCGCGACAGUGCUGGACAGAAAGGCACGGGGAAGUGGACGGCUAUUUCAGCACUGGAGUAUGGCACACCUGUGACUUUGAUUGGGGAGGCUGUCUUUGCCAGAUGCCUGUCCUCUCUGAAGGAUGAGAGGGUGGAGGCCAGCCGGAGCCUUUCAGGGCCACAGGGGGUCAAAUUCAGCGGUGAUAAGGCUGCUUUCCUGGAGGACAUUAGAAAGGCCCUCUACGCCUCUAAGAUCAUUUCUUAUGCGCAGGGCUUCAUGCUGCUGCGGCAAGCAGCCAAAGAGUUCGGCUGGGUCCUUAAUUACGGCGCCAUCGCUCUGAUGUGGAGAGGAGGCUGCAUCAUCCGCAGUGUUUUCCUGGGUAAAAUCAAAGAGGCGUUUGACAGGGACGCCGAGCUGCAGAACCUGCUGCUGGAUUCUUUCUUCAGUAACGCUGUGCAGGACUGUCAGGAGUCAUGGCGCAGAGCAAUCAGCACCGGAGUCCUGCAUGGCAUCCCUAUGCCCUGUUUCACCACAGCUCUGUCCUUCUAUGAUGGUUACAGACACGACAAGCUGCCAGCCAACCUCAUCCAGGCCCAGAGGGACUACUUUGGAGCCCACACAUACGAACUGCUGUCAAAGCCCGGUCAUUUCGUCCACACCAACUGGACAGGCACAGGAGGGAAUGUCUCCUCUUCAUCCUACAAUGCUUAAGGAUCAUCUUCACAUCACCCUACAGAAAGACGAGGACCAGGGGAAGUUAUCAGUGAGAGAAGGAAUCCAUGUUACACAUUCCAUAUUUAAAACAAUAUUCAAGACCCAGCCACCCCAACAUCUACCUUAAUCCAACUUUUUACUCAUCUCAAAGACAUGUCAUGACUGUUUGUUACAGUUUACAAGUUUGUUUUUAUUUAUCAUGAAGUGGAAUCAUAGAUUAUGUGUGUUGUGUUGACUCCAUCUGGAUGCUAUUGAUAUUACCCUGGCUGUCAGGCUAAUGUUCACCUGUCAUGUUCGGCCCAAAGUGCACUGUGUUAACACUGGAUUAAGGUGGACUGUUGCACUGUACCAUGUUAGGCUAAAUAAAGAUUUCAAUCCCUUUAUAAUUAGCUUCUAUGGUUCUUACUCACUGAGUGCUGUAAACAGGACUGAGUUGUGUUUGUGUGUGGUGCUAAAUUAGGAAGCAAAUGAUAUAAGUUGGUCUAUAGGCAAGAUAGUCAGUCUAGUGACACUGAUCUAUUGACUGUGUAUAAAUACACGUCUGAAGUGUGAAUAUAUAUACACUGCAUAUUAAAAUAUGAUACCAUUCUACAAGAUGUAAAGUGGACUAGGAAUAAAUUGGUUAUUUCAGCGACUGAAAAUAUAGUUUUAAUCUGUUUCAAAAUUAAAUUGAUGACAGUGAUGGAA